GAGCACUGUUUGCAUUGUGAUAUCAAGCGUAGUUCGGGAAUUAUUCCAGCCAUGAUCGCUAAGGUUCUUCUCGUCGCAGCUCUUGCUGCUGUAUCCCUCGCCCAACAUUAUGGAGCCCCAGCUCCUUCCUAUGGUGGACCAGCUUAUGAAGAGCAUUACCCACCCCAGCCUUAUGAAUUCGGAUAUGAGACCAACGAUGACUACGGAACCACCACCUUCCGAAAGGAAUCUGGAGAUGGUCACGGACGAGUUCAAGGCAGCUACGGAUACAAGGAUGACAAAGGUAUCGAACGAGUUGUAGAAUACGUCGCUGACGAACACGGAUACCGAGCUGAAAUCAAGACCAACGAGCCAGGAACCGAAAGCCAGAACCCCGCUGAUGUCAUCCUCCACGCCAACCCCAUCGUCGUCGAUGAGCCCCGACACUAUGCCGCCCCUGCACCCGCCUACUCUGCUCCCCGACCCCACUACCAGGCUCCCAGCUACGCCGCCCCUGCACCUGCCUACCCCAGAUACUAAACAAAUAUAAUUCUACUCUCACUCUCACUCUAAACUUUCUCUAUUUCUUCAGUGACAUGGUCUCUUCCGAUUUCUGAUAUUUCCACUGCCUGACUGUAGUCUCCAAAGAAGCAAUAGCAAAGCUUGCAGUCUCUUUUCAAACAUAUGUACCUGUGUCUCUUUCACGAGACCCUUCUCCCUUACCUGUUGUGUAUAGAGCUUCCUCCAACAAGCUGUCUGUUCAUAUUCAAAUCCUCUGUUUGCUUGUUAUUUAAUUUGUUAUAUUUAUUGAGUGUUUGUUGUAGAUUUAGCAUUUGUUAUGUUUGAGCAGGAAUAAAUUUUUUUUUCACUGAGAAUUUAUUUGUUCAUU